ACCCCACCCCAGCCGAGGAAGUGUCGUGACACGUGACCCUCCCGUAUAAACAGCUGUGUGUCUCAGAAGUGUCAGACGCCUCCUCCACAGCUGAUGAUCAUGGAUCUGCUGCUCUGUUCGUUCAUUCUUCUGUUUCCUGUCAUCCCCGCUUCUGGAAACUUUAUCCAGAAGUUUACAGGAGACACAGUUCACAUCCCAGUGGAGACGCGCUGUGCGGCAAGACAGACAACCAGACUUCUUCACGUGCGCAAAGGUGCCAGCGCUCACCUGGUGGCUACUCUGGACGGGGUCUGGAAACCUGGUCCAGGUUACGAGGACAGGUUGGAUCGAAACGGUUCCGUCGUCUUGAAAAGUGCAAACAUUAACGAUAACGGAGUGUACGAGCUAACCUGCGGUGACAAUGUUGUUGCACACACACAGCUGAGUGUCCGCGUGCUCAUUGAACUGCCGGUGCCCGAGGGGAAACCGGUGAAGGUCCCGUGCUUCUUCGUCACUGCAGGUGAGCCUGUGGAGUACGUGCAGUGGGAAAAAGACGGGAAGCUGGUGCUGAGGAUGACCGACUCAGGAGGCAUCACACGCGGUGCAGAGUCUGAGGGAGUGUCUGUGUCACCGGACUGGAUCAGACUGGGGGACCUGUCUCUGAUUAUACCGCGGGUCCGGCUGACACACAGCGGAGUCUACACCUGCACCGUGCACACGCGCGGUGAAGAGAAGACGAAACGGGGAAACCCUGAGGCGGUGAAGCUGAACGUUACACAGAGGACCGCGGACCUACAAGUCCCUGUCCACACACCACCACCAGUGAGGAGGCCGACACAGUGCCCCACCUGGACAUGGACACCAGUCAUCAUAACUGCAGCUGUGACAUCUGUUCUUAUUGCACCUUCAGCCAUUUUGGUUUUCUGGUUCCUGAAGAAUAGAAGGUGCUGUGGCCGACACCGGAAAGGCGAGGAAGAGAAGGAGGAAGAGGAAGAGGAAAGAAGGGUUGAAGGGGAUGGAGAAGCAAUGAGACACAACCAGCAGAACACAGAAAUGCUAAGGUUAAAUGGGCACAAAUCACCAGCCAUUAUUUUAUGAAUGUUUUGUAAUUACACAUGCUCUGUCAAAAAUGUAUUUUUACUUAUUUUAUAUAAAGAAAACUAUUUUUAACUAUUACACUUGUUUACACUGGAAAAAUCAAUUCUGUAUUAUGUAUUAUGAACUGCAGUGUUUCAGCUACUAAUGUAGGGACUAGUGAGUGCUGGACAUGUCGAGUUGUUUUACAGUGCAGCAGGAAAUAGAUCUUUGAAGUCCUGUUCUCCUUAACACGUACAACAGUGAAGCAGUGUCUGUCCCACCCUCCUUCAGUUUCCUACAUUACAUCCUCCACCAGCGUUCAUCAUUCCCAGCAGAAAAAAAUCACACGUUGGUUCCUCUGAUAAAGGUUCGAUUACAAUCA